AUAACCUACAAAUUUAUUCAAAAAUUUGUGUUCGACAAUUUCGAGUUUAAAUGUUAAAAUGAAUUAUUUUAAUAAAAUAUCUUCCAUACGUGUUAUUAGGGUUAUUAAGAUUUUAAAGGAUUUUAAUAGUAAACAGCUACAUAACUACAGUAGAAGAUACUUCAGACAUUAUUCAAUAAAAACCAAAUCAACCACAUCAUAUGUUGAGCCUGAUACUAGAGAGUCUUUAAAUUGCAGUAAUAAGUAUACACACAGAACAUACACUUGUGGGGAAUUAAGAAGUGCUAACAUAGGUGAAAAGAUAGUUCUAUGUGGAUGGUUAGAAUAUCAAAGGAUGAAUAAGUUUGUUAUUCUUAGAGAUAGUUAUGGGCAAAUCCAACUUUUAAUAAAAGAAGAGGAUAUAGAGACGCAAAAAUUGCUUGAAAAUAUACCAUUGGAAUCAGUAUUAAAAAUUGAGGGCACAGUUAUGGCUCGACCAAUAAACAUGAUCAACAGAAAUCAGUCAACAGGUGAAAUAGAAGUAUUAGUAAAUAAAUUUGAGGUACUUAAUAAGGCUAAAGAAAAUUUGCCUUUCAAUAUUAGAGAAUUCCAAAAAGCAAAAGAGCCUUUGAGGAUGCAGUAUAGAUAUCUAGAUCUUCGGUUUUCACAAAUGCAACGAAAUCUAAGGUAUAGAUCGGAUUUAUUUAUGAAAAUGAGAGAGUUUUUGUGCAAUAACAAUUUUGUAGAUGUAGAAACGCCAACGUUAUUUAAAGCAACACCAGGGGGAGCUCAGGAAUUUAUCGUACCAACUAGAUUUCCAGGCCAGUUCUACUCAUUGGUCCAAAGUCCACAACAGUUCAAACAAAUGCUUAUGGCCGGAGCUAUCGAUAGAUACUUCCAAAUAGCUAGGUGUUACAGAGACGAAGGUGCCAGAUCAGAUAGGCAACCAGAGUUCACGCAAUUAGACAUAGAAAUGUCCUUUACAAGCGAUGAAGGAGUUAUUAAGCUUAUAGAGGAAUUGCUUCAGUAUUGUUUAAGUAAGGAAUUAGAUAUUGGGGAUGAAGGAUUUAAACGGAUUUCUUAUAAUGAAGCGAUGGAGAAGUAUGGGUCGGACAAACCAGAUGUUUCUUUUGAAUUUGAACUGAACAACUGCACCGAUAUCCUCAAGGAAAACAGCAAUUUAGCCGCUAACAAAAAUUUCGGAGCAUAUUUCAUAUGCUUUCCAGAACAAUUUGCUGUGUUGAACAACAAGGUGAAACAACUUACUCAAACUGUAGCCAGUAAAUUUAACCAAGUAAAACUUAUACAGAAUGUGAUAAAGAAUAAGCAAGACUGGGUAAAUAAAGUAGGAAGGGUGUUAGCUAAUAGUAUGGCACAAGAGCUCUUGGAAAAAGGGGGAAUUUCCGAAAAAUCUGUAUUAUUUUUGGCUUAUGGAGACAAAAACGAAGCAUUAAAUCUACUGGGGAAAAUCCGCACCGAAUACGUUGACCACUUGGAAAGUAUUGGUGUGACUGUACGACGUAAAGGACUGCACUUUUUGUGGGUAGUUGAUUUUCCCCUCUUUGAAAUAUCUGAAGAAGGCACACUUAAAUCAGCGCAUCAUCCCUUUACAGCUCCACAUCCAGAUGAUUUAAAUUUGUUGAAAAGUGAUCCACUCAAAGUAAGAGCCAUAGCGUACGACUUAGUUCUCAACGGAAAUGAAGUGGCGGGUGGUUCCAUACGUAUUCACGAUCCAAACCUACAAAAAACCAUCCUGGAACUGUUAAAAAUAAGUCCAGAUACGAUGCAACAUAUGUUGGACAUGUUAGAGUCGGGAUGUCCUCCUCAUGGAGGUAUAGCUUUCGGAUUAGACCGACUAGUCAGCAUGUUGUUGAAUACAACUAGUAUACGGGACGUUAUAGCAUUUCCUAAAAAUUAUGAGGGAAGAGAUCCCAUGAGUGGAGCUCCUAGUUAUAUUUCAGACGAUGAUAAGAAGUUAUACCAUAUAAAAACUGUAGAUGAAGACAAAAAUAGGUAAAUAGUA